AUGCGUCCUCCUGACUCUCGAGUGUCAGAAUUCAGCCUCGUCACAAUUCACCUACCGGUCCUAGAUGGUACAAAUAUCUCCGACAACAUAGCUCGUCGUAGCUCAUCCAACAUUAUGUCGCUUCCCCCAGAUUUUCUAGCCGCGUCUGGGCAUGAAGUCUCAUCACUCCCCACACCUGAUUCGCGCGGCCUAGGAUCUCGACCCGUGCAUAAACAUAAGGUCCCAACACCACCCACACCUGGUCCCCCUCGCCGGGAGCCGUCACUCGCGCAAUCACCAUCUCUACCCCCACCUCCUACACCAAUCCCCCAGUCUCUAAGGGAUUCAUCAUGCCGCCACCUGCUACCGCCGGCCAUGACGGAUCUCAAACUAGGCAUGGAUCACGACUCGUUGCCACUCACUCCCUUCUCUUACUUCGUCGCCCCUGAGCCGUUGCCAUUUCAGGGCCCCAAGCUGUUCCAUCGCUUCAUGGACUUGCCGCUGGAAAUUCACCUGAUGAUAUUUCGAUACUGCGAUACGCCAACGCUUUUUCAUCUCAUGCAUACGUCCUCCUAUACACGGUAUGAAUGCUUGGAACUGUUCUGGGAGCCUGAGCACAACACCUGGUAUCGACCUGAAUAUGCAAAGGAGAUGUUUGAUGAUAAAGUCUUUCCGAUCUACCACUGCCCUGAGUUCGCCUCUCGCGUCACGCAGGUAGAGAUAAGUCUUAACUUACUACCACUCUAUCAGCGGAAUCGGCGGGCGCUCAGCGGGCGGGCGUUCUGGGAUAAGCUGCAGGAACUCUUUCCCUCCGUGCAAAAUGUGGUGUUGAGUGGCAAUGAUCCAAGACACCUUCCUGGAGAGGAUGAUAAGGAGUACUCCCGGUUUUCCGACCUUGUGGCGAUGGCACCGCCAAAUAUCACCCCGUUCGUUGCGUUUAAGUACGGCGGGUACGAGGGCGCUCUGCGCUAUAGGCUGUGGCGAGUCGAAGCUGGAGCUUGUUGGAGCAUUGUCGAAGAUCCCUGGACACCGAUGCGAGUCUUGCCUCCCGCAAAGAAAAUUCCAUUUGGUCUGCUGAAUGCAUUUCUGUCAAUCGAGCGAGUUGCAGUGGCUUCAACCCGCGAAAGCAGGGGUAGGGAUUGGCUGAUAUUGGAGACCUAUGCGCGUUAUUCUGAUAGUAGCGGAAUCGAUUGCCCAGAUCCGGGGUGUAACACUAAUUUUUCCACCUUGGAAGAGUUAAAGAUGCACCUCUGGUAUGAUCCACAUGGUUUCCGGAAUUCCUACGGGCUUAGCAUGAUGAAGUGCCACCGAAACACCCCUGUUGAGUUGAAGGCUAUUCUUGAUACAAAACAACGUCGCUUCGACGAGAUGAUUUUUAUUGUGACUGUAUUGGUAGAGGAACUGCGUGAGCAGUAUCAUAAGCACGGAGAAGCUGGGAAACGGCAAUUCAAAGAAGCCCUCGCUGGCCAAAUGAAGGAGCAUGGAUAUCUUGCACCCGACGAGUCACUGGACAACUCGGAACAAUGGCUUAACCUUUAUGAAGGGUUUGAAGACGAUACGGACGACGACUAUCCAGAGUAUCCCGAUGAAAAAGAUUUCGAUCGGGACUAUCCUGAGGAGGAAGACUUUGAUCAUGAAUAUGCCGGGGAAGAAUAUUUUGAUUGA